UACGUACCUGCUAUUGUACGUACCUGCUAUUGUACGUACCUGCUAUUGUACGUACCUACUGUUAUUAUUCUCUUUGCAGAUGCCCUGCCGUCACAUUGGGACGACAUGAAAGGAGACCUCCUCCAGUUGUUUCCUCUGCCUCCAAAAUCCAAAGAAUCCAAAGAAGUGAAGACAGAACUAACAAAGACCGGUCUGACUGUCAGCAUCAUCAGCGUUGAACGAGUCCAGAACCCGACCCUGUGGCAGAACUACCAGCUGAAGAAGACACAGCUGGAGGUGAAGAACAAACACACAAACAACGAGAGGAUGCUGUUCCACGGCACCGCGGCCUCCUCCAUCGACCUCAUCAACAAACAGGGCUUCAACCGCAGCUACGCAGGAGCACACGGAGCGAUGUUUGGUAACGGCUCGUACUUCGCGGUGGACCCGGUCUACUCACAGGGCUACGCACAAGCCGACGCCAAAGGCCAGAAGCGCAUGUACCUGUCCAGGGUCCUGGUGGGAGACUUCACCAAAGGAAAAGCUGGUUUGAUCACGCCGCCCUCCAAGAACACCGGGAGCGCUGCAGACCUGUACGACAGUGUUUCAGACGACAGCAGCAAUCCAACCAUGUUUGUAAUCUUCAACGACAUCCAGGCGUACCCCGAAUACCUGAUCACGUUCACCUGAGCUCACAUAAUCACCUUCCGAUGAAGAAUAUAACCCUCUAUUACAUGUGUUCUAGUUUAAACAGGUCUACAGUCUACAAAAACUGUUUGACGUAAUUAUAUAAUAUAUAACAAACACUCACUUAAUUAAUAAUAAGAAAGUACUGGAACCGAGUUAAAGAUUAAAGUUAGCUUGAAGAAAAGAAAAAAAAGCAUGAUUAAAUAUUAAUAUUACUGUAUUUUAAAACUGUUAAAACUGCACUUUCUAUUUUUUGUUUUGGUGGUCUGAAAUAAUGUUUAAUAAAGAAACACUGCGACCAUUUGGGGAAA